CAGUAGAUAAAACAGACUUUUUCCAGGAACGAACAACCAGUCCAACAACAACAGGUGCAAACUGAGACGAAAUUGACGAAAAAAAGGUGAACCAUUCUCUGGUGAGGUAGAGGGGGGAAAGAUAGCCAAGGUGAGCACAGGGGGAACAAAUGCUUGCGGCAUCAAUGGCUCAGUUGCGUUUUGAUUCUACGCCGGUGGAGACAGCAUAUAUUCUUUACUUUUCAGUGAGCAAGAGAAUUUCGCAAACAAUUUUUUUUCUUCAGUUCAUUUUUCGUGAAUUUAAAGUUAUGAGCAAGUUGGCUAGAUUGUUGGUAAGAUAAACUCAUAUUUUCUAUGCCAUUCUUUUAAGGAAUUAUCGUACGUUGGAAAGUGUGGGUAGAAUGUCAUCAGAAAGAUUUCACAAAGCUGCAAGGGACGGAGUUCUGGAAAUCCUGAGAGAAGCAACGAAAAAGGAUGCCAAUACUCGAGAUGACGGUGGAAUGACCCCAACACUGUGGGCAGCCUUUGAAGGCCAUGUGGAUGCAUUGAGACUGCUAGUCGCCAGAGGGGGAGACCCAGACAAAACUGAUUACUUUGGAAAUACUGGCCUUCACCUAUCAGCUGCGCGAGGUCACGAAUUCUGCGUGAAGUUUUUAAUCAAAUUUGGGUGUAACAUAUGGGCAUUGGAUAUUGACAGGCAUUCUGCACGGGAAUUAGCGACAAUAAAUGGAAGAGAAAAUAUUCUGAAAUUUUUGGACAUCGCUCAAACGGAACAGGAGGCGAUGAACCGUAAGAAGAGUAAACUGAUGAGAGAGAAAGCUGAGAAAGAUGCUGAAAAACGGCUGAAAGAAUACGUAAAAAGGCAGAAAAUGGCAGAUGUCAAGGCUGAGAAAGAGCAGAAGAGGCUACUAAAAGAUAGGGUGAAGGCGGAUAUUGAAACUAUCUGCGAGCAUUAUGCUCUCCCCCACAAACCCAAUGUGUUAACGUUCAAGGGAAGAGUGAAGCCGUCACAAACUUUUAGUGAUAUAGUUGGCACAAUCUCCAUCAAUGCGACUAACAGAAGGCAAGGGAAUAGUGCUGUGGGAAGAAAAGUUCAAGCUAGGAAAGCUCUCGACGAUUUUAGAGUUGUUGAGAUUGAAAAUGAUGGAAAGAAAUCAGUAAGGAGUCUAACUGGACUUCGGAGGGACUCAGAAGUAAUGUACGUUGGAACUUAUGAUAACCAGGCUCAACAGAUGGGGAAAAGGGGUAGAAUCUCAGAUGUAUGGGGAACUCUCAGUAAAGCUCAGAGUACCCCGGACCUUCUAGGAGAUAGAAACUACUGUGAGGAAGAGGAGGAGGAUGUCAAAGGUGUCUCGAAGGAUGUUGUUGAAGAAGCAGUACUCUUCCAAGAGCCUGCCAGUAUUUUCAACAGACCUGGAUUUGGUUCUGUAGCUUUCAGAAGAUCGAUCACAGCAACCUUAGACACUCUAUCAAUUCCGCAUAUCGAGUUAAAGACGAAACUGCAAGCAAAAGGUGCAGAACCGUUAAUUAAUGGGCGACGAGGAAGUGUUAGCGGACAUCAUAAUGAAGAAAUAAGUAUUGGGAGUGCUGGAAGUCUUGCAAGGAGGCAAAGUAUGUGGGAUGAUGAUCGAUUAUCAGCUGGAGACGAAACUGAUGAGACCGACGAAGAAUGGAGUCCCCUGCAAAGAUUUCUGGUUGCUCAUAACUUGAUGUCUAUCCAAUCCAGCCUGGAAGCCGAGCAAAUUGAUCUCGAAGCCUUGAUGCUCCUCACAGACGCUGACAUGGCAGCGUUAAAAUUACCGCUGGGUCCAAAACGAAAGCUUACGAAUGCUAUUUCUACCAGAAAAACCGCACUGGGUGCGUCUAAAAACAUUAUGAAAGACAGCCGAUUGUGAAUCAUUUAAAGGUAGAAAUACCUUCAAAUUCGUUAAUUGAAAUUAACGCAUUAAUUACGAUGGAAAUAAAAUUUAUAACUUGUCGCUG